AUGAGUCCCCGCCGAAGCGGACGAAGCUUUUGGGCUUUGGCCGUUGCUGCUGCCUGGAUGGGCUCGGUGUACUUCCUGACCACUUCCGCCUUCCGUGUCCUCGCGGUGCUCAGUGAUGACAGCAUACGUGAGGCCAGCACAGGUGUUUCUUUUCCCGCCCACGUGAAGAAGUCGCAGAAGUGGGUGGCGAGCGGAGUCCGGCGCAAGUUCGGAAAACUCAAAGUCUACGCCAUGGCGUUCUAUUUGGAGGAGAGUAGCAAGCUGUGGGGAUCGUCCUCGGUGGCGAUGCGCGAUGUGCUGCAAGAAGCCCCCGGCCCCUCGGCUAUGCUUGAUCGCGCAGGAACAAAGUGGUUGUCAGUAGGUGGAGAACACGCCAAGGCUCGCUACUCGAGCUGCGCUCGGGGGCGAAAACCUACCAAGAAUGUCAAUCACAUGCAGAAAAAGCCACAAGGCUUCCACCACUGGUCCCCCACUGUCAAACACAUUAGCUACAAUAGCUCCAAACACACUUUGCAGGCGGUACGGCACAGCCUGAUCCCUGUGAACAACCUUUGGACGAUCAUGGACCCGUUGCUAGAGCCAGCAUCUUUGGCGUCAUCGACAUGCAGCAAGCUGCUAUGGGUGCUACGACGAAUGCUGGCAUGUAACUUUUGCCGCAGCAACAUCAAUCCCAACCCCACAGCCAUGAACAUGACAGAAUCAACAACAAGUGCAACACACUGCUAUAUCGCCGCCGCUGCUAUCACCACCACCAGCACACCACCACCGCCACCGCCACCGCCACCACCAGGGUUUGGGCGCACUGGGCAGUCACAGCAUGCGUCGAGACAGAGGCACAUCCUCGAUGCGUACUUCCUAUUCAGCCAAAGUCAGCCAGAAGCAUUCAUCCACGCAGGCCGCGCCAGCUUGCGGAUUGCGGGGAGCUGA